AAGUAUGUCAAGUCAAGUCAAGCUAAGUCAAAGUGAAAGAAAAUGGUCAUCUGAUCACGUAUAAUUUGGGUUAAGAUCGCACUCUUGACCUCUUAAACAAAGAUUCGUGAAAGGUAUGCACGAGGAAGCUUAGGUAGGCCUAUUACAGUGAUAGUAAAUUGAAUUAAAUAAUAACUUAAAGGUUUUACAUUUUUGGUACGGGUACUGGUACAGUACAAUAUACCGUACAAGGGUUGAUAGUAUCUGGUAAGAAGUGACGAGAGAUUUAAAAAUGGCCAAGUUUAAAUCCCAGAUGCUAUGGGAGAAUAUAGAGAAGGGAGAUUUAUCGGCUGUACAUGGUUUAUUAGAUAGUGGUAAUAUUAAUCUAGAAGAAAGAAAUGAGACAGGACAGACAUUCUUAAUGGUAGCGUGUGAUAAUGGUGAAUUAAAUAUUGUCAGAGAAUUGUUAGAGGCAGGGGUAGACCCUAAUGCUGUAGAUAAUGAUAACUGGAGUGCCUUAUUAUGUGCGGCUAAAGAAGGCCACCUUGAGAUAGUUAUUGAGUUACUGGAAAGAGAUGCAGCCAUUGAACACAGAGAUAUGUGUGGUUGGACACCAUUAAUGUGGGCGAGUUAUAAAGGAAGAGUUAUAGUUGUACAAGAAUUAUUAGAAAAGGGAGCUAACCCUAAUGCUGAAGCUGAGCACAAUAUGACAAGUUUAGCUUGGGCAAGUGGUCGAGGUCAUAUAGAUAUAGUAAUAAUGUUGUUAGAAAAAGGUGCAAAAGCCAAUGCUGCUGACAAGUAUGGAACUACACCAUUGAUAUGGGCAGCUAGAAAAGGGAUAGUGGAGAUAGUAGAAGCGCUGUUAGCAGAAGGUGCAAAUGCUGAUUCAUCAGGAAUGAAUUCAUGGACACCAUUACUAGUGGCAACUAAAGGUGGUUAUACAGAAGUUGUACAAGCUCUACUUAAAUAUGAUCCUAAUGUUAAUGCUGUUGAUACGGAUGGUUUGACAGCUCUAGCUAUAGCCGCUAAAGAAGGAUAUGUUGCUAUAGUGGGAGAUCUUAUUGCUCAAGGUGCAUAUGUUAAUAUGGCUGACAGGGCAGGAGACACAAUAUUAAUACAUGCUGUAAAAGGAGGCCAUAUUGAAGUUGUUAGUGCAUUAUUAAGUCGACAUGUUGAUAUAGAUGUACAAGGAUCUGAAGGUAAAACAGCGUUAUAUUGGGCUGUAGAAAAAGAUCAUACACAAAUUGUUAAGAAAAUAUUAGAUCAAGAUCCAGAUUUAGAAGUUUGUACUAAGGAUAAUGAUACAGCUUUAUUACGAGCUGUUAGAAGUAGAAAUGAAGAAUCUGUUAAACUGUUGAUGGAGAAAGGAGCUAAAGUAUCCGCUGCAGAUAAGAGGGGUGAUACCCCACUUCAUAUUGCUAUUAGAGCCAGAAGUAAAAGAAUAACAGAAUUAUUACUUAGAAAUCCUAGAAAUAGUCGACUGUUGUAUCGACCAAAUAAAUCUGAAGAAACUCCGUACAAGAUGGAUUCCUGUUAUCAACGAAGUAUACUAACACAGAUCUUUGGUCAUCGUAAUUUGAAUGCUACCGAUGCCGAGAAUCUGCUAGGUUAUGAGAUAUAUAGCAGUGCUUUAGCUGAUAUACUCAGUGAACCAGCCCUUAUCACACCCAUAUCUGUAGGACUAUAUGCUAAAUGGGGCAGUGGAAAAUCAUUCCUAUUGGGAAAACUCAAAAGUGAAAUGAAAGUAUUUACACAUCAGAAUAUUAUUGUAGAUGAUGAUAUAAAGUUUGGUUGGGUUUUAUUUCUGUUAUUAUUGUUCAUCAACUUGGUUAUAGGAGAAACUUUAGCUCUAAUAGUCCGAUUUGAAGUAGGACUAUCUGCUGGGUUUGGAUUGUUUGUUAUAGAAUAUGCAUUUCUAGGAGUUAUUCAUAUCUGUAAAAAACGUCACAAUUCUUCGUUUGCUAUACGUAUUGGUGUGAUGUUUAAUAGAAAGCUCCAUCUUAUUACACUCUUUCUACGAAUGUUAUUUUGUAUACCAAAAAGAAUCAGUUCACAGGAUAAACUUAAUUACGCAAACGGAUCGGCAUAUUCUGUUAGGUUUUUGUUUUCUGAUUGUACACGUUUAACUAGUGUUGGUGGUGAGAAAUCGCUGGCAGCCAUGAUAGCUACACUAUGUGUUGCUGUUGAACAAGAAUAUGGAUUCUUGGUAGCACGACUGUUCAGAGUUUUUGAACCUCAGUUUGGAAGUUCGAAGAAAGCCUCCUUUAAAUGUAUAUGUUGUAUACCAUACUUUAUAUUAGUACUGCUUAUCAUAUUACUGAUAGCAGCUAGUAUCGCCUUGGUAACCGUAUUCAAAAUAUCAAGCGUCCCUGUCAACGCCAUUUUAAUUUCAUUUAUUUGUGUGAUUGGCUUAUCUUUUAUAACAAAUCUUUAUACGUGGGCACAAGCAGGCAUGGCCUUGCUUAACUCCCAGAAAAGACGAGUUCUAUCUGCUGCCGACCGAGUGGAUGUUCUAAAAAUAGAUGGUUUUAUGCAGCAGUUGAAAACGGAAGUAGAUAUGAUGGGGACUUUGGUGAACUGUAUGGAUGCGUUUACAGAUAGGCAGACACGAUUAGUUGUAGUCGUUGAUGGAUUGGACAGUUGUGAACAAGAUAAAGUCUUACAAGUUUUAGAUACGGUUAAUUCCCUUUUCUCCGACGAUCACUCACCAUUUAUAGUCAUCCUUGCCGUCGAUCCACAUAUCAUAAUUAAAGGCAUCGAACAGAAUUUACAGACACGAUUUGAUUCCAAUGUCAAUGGCUACGAUUAUCUCAGAAAUGUGGUUCAUCUGCCAUUUUAUUUACAAAGUCAGGGCGUACGAAUACCUAAACAGAAUUUGACCGUGGCCUUCUCAUCAGAAACAUCGGUACAUCAUUCUGAAUCACCAGGAAAACCAUACGCGCAUCAAGACUCAUUCAAAUCAUCAACCAGUAUAGAGAAAGGUUUUUCACAUAAAAAAGUGACAAAUAAGAUGUCUUCCAUAUUAUCCGAAUCUCUACCAGGAAUGAAUUACUCGUCGUCAGUCGAUCUCAGUAAUACGUUUGUUAAGAAUGAUUAUUUUAGCGAUAUUAAUCCACGUAGUAUGAGACGACUGAUGAAUAUUGUCGCUGUUACAGCCCGUCUGCUCCGAGCCUAUCAUAUAGAGUUUAACUGGCAUCGUUUAGCAGCUUGGAUAAAUAUUAUCGAACAAUGGCCGUAUAGAGUGUCAUGGAUUAUUUAUUAUUUUGAAGAAACGGAAGAAUUAGAUGAUUCUACAUCUUUACAUUCUCUUUAUCUAAAAAUAUCUCCACGGAUACCAGCAUCAAAAGAAAUAGAUCCUCUUUUAGAAAUAGAUCGUAAUGUUAGAAAACUUGAAGCAUUUUUAGCCAGUAAAUCAGGCAAUUACCCUCUACUUAAUAUUAGUGAUCUUCGCAAGUUUCUUGGCUGUACCAUUAAUUUAGAUCCUUACUUACGUAAACUAAUCAGAGAGUUUCAACAUAAUGCAGAUAGAAUGGAUUAUGGUAUUAGUGGACUAUAUCCUCCCCAACCUCCUCCACCACCAGGCAUGGUAUCCCGAGAGAGCGAAGCUAAUUUUCUAGGUUCCCGGUUUCCCAGUAAAACCAACACAAUGGGUACUCCGACUAGACAUCCAUUAAAUAUGGCUUAUGCCAAUCAAAUGAUGCAAUAUGGUAAUGCCAUGUCUGGAAUGAUGCCAAUGUCUAUGCAGAUGCAGAUGAUGCCUCCUGGUCCUGCGAUGUCUUCAGCUUCAUGGCCAACAUCAAGACCAUCUCCUCAGGUUUUCCUCAAAGAAUACAACAGAGAAUUUCACUUGAGCCAAAUGUCUGUGAUCGAUGUCAGUCUAUUGCUAGAGAAAUUAUCAGGAAUCAACCAGUCUAUGGUCUCUCAAUAUGCCAUCGCCGUCCGCGAAAAUAACAUCACAGGUUUAGUUUUGGCAAACUGUGAUAUGGAUGAACUGGGAAAAGUCAUGGGGAUGAAGUUUGGCGACUGGCAGCUUUUUAAGGCAGCCAUUUUAUCAUUGAGAGAAGUUGAAUAUCAGCCACAAGACGAUGACCCUAACAACUUAGGACCGGGUAAAUAUAGCGACAGUGUUCUUUAUGGGAAAGAUGCCGACAAAUCUCGACGUAUGUCAACAGAUAUUGAUGGAAAUACUCGGAGGAGAGCGUCUGCUGGAGCGCUGAGAAAACAGUCGUUUGGAAGUUCACAGACGAGUCCUCCAAGAGGAGACGAUUUAUCUCCAGUCAAACCAAGAUUCAAACGAAACGACAGCAUUGUUCAACAACUCAGUUUGGAAACGGCAAUUUUACGUGAGGCUCUCGAAGAAUUCACCGAAGAAGGCUUGAUUGAAGAGAUGGACGGACCAGAUAAACCUAUGUUUAAUAUUUCUGAUGACGAGGGGGUUAAUAGUUACACUGAUAAUCUCAAACAGUAUCCUAUCAGAUCAAUGUCUUGUCCAACAAGUUCCAUAAGGUCCGGAAUUAACGAUAAGGUGGAACCUGAUAUAGAUGCAGCCGAAUCGGACAUCAUGACUGCUUCAGCAAUUGAGGAGAUAUCAUCAACAAGCACGACUGAUCAUGAACCCCAUUCAAGCAUUGCCAAGUCAUUUUCAACCAGUAUCGAAAAACUUACCAAGCCCAUUGUCCAAGCUUUAGAGAACCGAAAGACGAAGAAAAUGGACACCAUUCCGCUUGUUGGCUUAUCUUCCAGUUCUUCCACUGACUGCUCAACCGAAAAUCUUGAGAAAAACGAGGGUAAACUGGGUGAAGAGUCGCGAUCUGUACCUGCUGUUAUUACCAUUGAAUCUGAUAAUACUGGUAAAAAACAAAGCAGUGGAAGUUUAAAAUCUGCUGAAGAUUAUUUCAUGUCAACUGUUGAAACAAGUCAUAAAUCACAAGAUGAAACUGGUAGUGAAUAUUUCCUGUAAGGGUUGAAUUUAGGACGUUCUUAGACUCUCUAACCAUACACUAUGGUAUAAAGACUCUCAAGCCAUACACUAUGGUAUAAAGACUCAAACCAUACACUAUGGUAUAAAGACUCUCUAACCAUACACUAUGGUAUAAAGACUAUCUGACCAUACACUAUGGUAUAAAGACUCUCUAACCAUACACUAUGGUAUAAAGACUCUCUGACCAUACACUAUGGUAUAAAGACUAUCUGACCAUACACUAUGGUAUAAAGACUCUCUGACCAUACACUAUGGUAUAAAGACUCUCUAACCAUACACUAUGGUAUAAAGACUAUCUGACCAUACACUAUGUUAUAAAGACUCUCUGACCAUACACUAUGGUAUAAAGACUCUCUGACCAUACACUAUGGUAUAAAGACUCUCAAACCAUACACUAUGGUAUAAAGACUCUCACCAAAACUCACAAUGUUAGUCAACAAAUGAUUAAAAUCGAUCAAGCCUAACAUAAAUCAUGGUUACCUAAAGAUAAAAUUACUUUCUUUUGCUUUUAUUCUGCCAUCUAUAUUUGCCAGUCAGCAACUCAUUUUUACCCAUGAACAUCAAGGUCAAGAUUGUAUCUACGUGUAACAUACGUUUUUAUAUGCCCACAUUGAAAUGUGGUGGUAUAUGGUCGUCAGUCCAUCUGUCCGGGCUAAAGUUAAUAUCUGAUUGAAUUUAAAUUUAUACACAGUGUUUAAGAUCAUGAGACGAAGAAGCUUAUGGAUUUUCAGCGAUUUCUGAUAAUUACUGCCAGAAUUAUGGCCCUUGUGGAUGCUUUAGAGGCUCAAGUCGCUAAAGUUAAUAUCCCAUUGACUUUAUAUUUACUACAGUGUUUAAGGUCAUGAGACAAGAAACCCAUCAAUUUUCAAUGAUUAUGGAAAUUGAUAUUUAAUAUUUUGUAUGCUAAAUGUUAGAAUAGGGCAGAACUAGAAGCCAAAUGGGUUGUUACUUGUAAUCAGAUUUUAGUGCGUUGUAAAUGUUUUCAUUUCUGAUAAGAGAAAAAAAUAUGCGACAUCCCUCUUUGACUCCCCGGACAACUUAGCUGCUGUGGGUGUAUGUUUUGUUGCCUGGCAACCUGUCUUUUCUUAUAAUUGUCCAACUUUUUAUCUAAAAAAACCACUUUUUAGCCUGUUAAAUUUAAAUAUGGAAAUACCUAUAGGCCUUUUGGUGCAUUGUUGCUUUAUAAUUGUUUCUAAAAGAUAAAAUUAUGGUAAACAUGUGUUGAAUGAAACCUACAUACAUGUAUGACGACUUUCUAUCUUGCCUUAGAUUAUGAGUCCUCCCCAGGCUUAUUAUAGAUUUACCAUUGGCUCUCUGAUCAUUUACAAAAUUGACUCUCUGAUGAUCAUGUAUUAAAAAUUGACUCUCUGAUGAUCUUGUAUUAAAAAUUGAUUCUGUUGAUUUUUUUUUUUAAUUAAAAAUUGACUUUGAUGAUUUUGUUAAUGGAUAUUUUUAAAUGAUUAUUACUAUAAAAUCAAAGGUUAUGAAAUCUGUUUGUAAUACGACAAUUAAUAAAUAUGUGCAAUUGAACUUCCAAUAAAACAAUAUGUGCAAUUGAACUUACAAUAAAACAAGUGUAAAACCUA